AUGCCCAGCACCGUUUCACCCACUCGGAAUGUCAUCUUGUAUUUUGUUGCGCUGGUCCUUCCGCCGGUAGCCGUGUUUUUUAUGAUGCAUGCCGUUUUGUCAGACUUUUGGAUUAAUAUCUGUCUUACGAUCUUGGGUUGGAUACCAGGAGUCUUGCAUGCAUGGUAUGUUAGCUUAGCUUCCAUUCAUGCAGUCAGUUCAUUUGCUCAGAUAGUGGUCAUCUAG